GGCGUCAGGGCCUGACGCGGCGCUUCUGGGCUCUGCUCGCAGGACGCCUCCGGGCGCUCAGCCCGCAAGCCGCCGCCGCCGGCUCCGGUGCGGUGGUGGAGACCCCCGAGGAACCGGGGGCCCGCGCCCCGCACCCCCCAGACAUGGUGGGCCACCUGCAUCUGCAGGGCAUGGAGGAGAGCCUCAAGGAGAAGAGCCGGGAGGGCUUGCUGGACAGCCCUGACUCCGGGCUGCCCCCCAGCCCCAGCCCCAGCCCCCCUUUCUACUCUUUGGCGCCUGGCAUCCUCGACGCCCGCGCCGGGGGCGCCGGUGCCUCCUCGGAGCCCCCCGGACCCAGCGAGGCUAGAGCGCCCCCUUCCCUGCCCCCAAACUCCCCGGCACUUGAGAUGAGACCCCGGAUGCUGCCGGUGUUUUUUGGUGAGAGAAUCGAGGUGAACCCAGCACCCACACACGAGAUCCGCUGCAACUCUGAGGUCAAGUACACCUCGGAGAAGCACUUCCGGGACAAGGUGUUCUACGCGCCGGUGCCCACAGUCACAGCCUACAGCGAGACCAUCGUGGCCGCCCCCAACUGCACGUGGCGCAGCUACCGCAGCCAGCUGACCCUGGAGCCGCGGCCGCGCGCCCUGCGCUUCCGCAGCACCACCAUCAUCUUCCCCAAGCACGCCAGCAACACUUUCCGGACCACCCUGCACUGCAGCCUGGGCCGGCCCCGCCGCUGGUUCACUGCCAGCGUGCACCUGCAGCUGUGCCAGCGCCCGGGGCCCCAGCCCCCGGGCUCCCCCGGCCCCCCAGCGCGCUAGCAGGGUAGGCAGGCCCUGGCAGUGACCGGCAAGGGCCGGGGCCCCAAAGGACUGGCUCCAGAGGCCGGGCCUGGAGCCUGGGCAAGGGCGUGGGGAGGCCGCCAGCUGGGGGUCGCGUGGAUGAGGCGCUGCUCCUGGCGCCUGCCCAGGCUGCUCACCGAGGGGCUCACCCCGACCCGGGGCGGACUCCGUCAAAGCAUCCGUUUUUCUGCACAUGGAAGCCGGUGAGGCCACAGGCCUGGGCUCAAGCACAGGGUCAGGGUCUCUUUGGGUGGGCCACCUCCAGUGAGGGCAGGGAAGGAAGCGAGGGGCGUCAGUGGGUUCUGGAGGUAGAGGGUGACCAGGAUGCUGGAAGGACAGAAGCACCCCAGCCUUGAUUCCUUGACAUCGACACCCCCAUGGCUCUUGUGUCGGGGCCGGGGGGCCAGGCUCCCAGGCCGAGUGUGAGGGGAGAGGGGGCCCACUACACCUAGAAAGUGCAUCCCCAAACGGGGCUUUGAGGCCUGUGCAGCUUGGCCCCAGAAGGUUCAGGCUGAGGUGGCCUAGGCUCUGGGGGGUGUCGGGCAUGAGCUGCAGGCCUGGCCGGUGCUGCGGGCUUGGCUGGUGCUGCAGGCCUGGCCGGUGCUCCUUCUGUGCUGGGGGCGAGGAGGAGAGGAGCCGCAGCCUGAAGAAGGCCCACCUCAGGGCCCCCGUGGCCCCAGUGUGGGUUCGCCCACAGCCAUCUAGAUGGAGGCCUUUGAGCUCGGCGUCCAGGGCCGUGCUUGCGGACGUCCCCGGCUGACCUCUGUGCACACCAUGCCUGCAGGACAAGCGUGCCCUGGUGCCAGGGCCUCUGUGCCAGGUUUCUGGGGAGGGGAGGCCUUUAAGCUCUCGGAAGUGCCUGCCGCCACCAGUCUGGUGCUGUCUGGACGUUAAGCGGGCUCUGGGCCCAGCUGUGGGCUGAAAGAAUUCGUGGGGCUGGGUGGCCUUUACCCUUUACCGCACGUAAGGACUCGGUGCUGUGGCCUCCCUCCCCAGUGGCCCUCAGCAGGGAGGCAGCGGCCAGCACGCCAGGAUGAGUCAGGAUGUGCUGGAGUCGCGCUGGGGCUGGUGCUACCAGAACAAAUGCCCCAGGAUCCCCCAGCAUAGUCUUGGACCAGACGGGCCCCAGCAAGAUAGGGCCACUGCAGUACCCGCUGUGAACCCCACAAUCAGGAGAGGUUCUCUGGGGCUUAAGCUUACCGGGGCACAGAGGUGACUCCAAGCUCACAUCCGGGACAGCAAAGCGACAGGUAUAUUUUUAAAGAUCUACAGAUACUGCAGGUUCUUCCACAGAGAUGCUUUUUGAUUAACAAAUAAGACAUCAGUUGAUCUUAAUAAAAGGUGCAGAACCAGAAGCCCCCUCUUCAGUGUUUCUGAGGCCCUCACCUUCUGUGGUCCCCAAUCUUACAGGGGUUUGGGAGGGGGUAGGCUGGGGUGCUGGGGUGGGGGCAGAGCCAUGCCUUCUACUCCUAGAUAGGGCUCCCCCAAAAGCUACCCCCCAAAUGUUUGUGUGUGAAAUAGAAUGUGUCCCCUUAAAGACUAAGGAGACGUGUUCUCCAGUUUUUUAUACUUGGUGAUUCAAGAUUAACCUACCCUGGCAUUUUCCCAAACUCACCUCCACAAAAAAAUCCUACAUUCUUGGGAAUUACCAUAUGGAUCGUGACGUUGCGUAUAUGAAUAGUCUUGGAGGAAGACCAGCUUCGUUGUCUGGUGCUUAACCACUUUCUUGGACUCUUCCCAUGUUUUUUUUUGCAUGCUUUCCUUUGUCAAUAAAACUG